AUGGUGAAUUUAGGCAAAGUCUGGCCGGAUAUGCAGCUGGCACUGGCCAUGACCCGUCGACAGAUGCACGAUAGAGUUCCGAUCGUCCCAGUGGCCUCUUUGACCAGCAAAGCGGUUCCGGCCGGCAAGACAAUUCCGACCGGCAGCCUGCCGGCGAGAACUCACGCGCUGGACCUGACGACAAGAAUUUCGUCUGAAGGCAAGAACUUUGCGGAACUCAAAUCGGCUUGCGUGGCCCCGCCAAAACAGCGGGUCGUGGACGACCACGACCGCCUGCUGGAUCCAGAGGCCUUCGACGAUCGUGAACGUUUAUUGGAUCAAGAGGCUUUGGGUCGAGACACUUUGACUCAAGAGGUUUCGGGUCCAAAGACAUCGGGUCCAAAAACUCUGGAUCGAGAGAUUGUGGACCUGCAUGAACUAAGCAUCCCAACGAGCAUGCAGCAGUCUGUUCAUCAGCGUGCUCCGCCGAUCGUUACUCAGGCGUUGACAGAUGAGGUCAUUUCAGAUCACGACGGUUUGGAAGACGAGUUUGAGAGUACGAGUAGUGACGCAGGAAGCGUCAGGACCGGACGGGUCCCUGCGGUGCCUGUGGUUGCGCACAGACAUCAUCGUGGGCACCGCAGGCAUUGGGAAGCUCCGUUGCCCGGAGUUGACUUGAGAUCCGAUUCGUUUGCUGCCGAUUUGGAGAGAGACCCAGACCAUGGGGAGGGGGCUGGUCGUGAGAGUUGUUAUCGGGAGUCGGAGGAGCUGCACAUCGGCAUCGUCGCAGACAGCGGACGCACGGCUGCAGGGUAUUGGUCGUCUGAGUCGGAUUGCCAUGUAGGCGUGGUGAUGGUUGACGACCUAUUGACCAGGGAUAAACAGAAUUACUCCGGAUUGCAACGACCGGGUCAGUACUCGGGGUCUUCAGAUAGCGAACCGUCGGAAACGGAAGAUGAUCUGGCGCAGGUUAUUUUGCCCGAGACGGCGGCUGAAUCCAAUUCCGAAUGCGAACCAGAUCGGCGACUCACGACAGAGGCCGACGGAUUGGCUGAUCGUCCGCAUCGUAAAGGAGUGUAUCAUAUUCCAGGUGUACACCGCCAUUUACCAGAUGACCACCACCACUUUACACCUGACAAACACCACCGUCAUGCACUCGACGACCAAAUAGUGCGAAAACCGUCGGGUUCAAACCCCGACCAAGACCCCCAGAUCGGCGAGAUUAGUCCGAGCCCUGGAGAGGAGCCGCACUUCGAAUGCCGGUCUGCAUCCUCAGGGGUCUACAGUCUCAGCUAUGCCAGCGAACCACUCGAUGAACCUGCGCGGACAGCGGCAAACUUCCUCCGAGCUGCAACCUGUACUUUCCCGGAACCAGCGACUAAAGGACGCCGACUCCUAUAUUCCCAAAAGACGGACCAGAGCAUUAUACUCUUAGCCCCGCCGGAGGAACCAGGGUCUGAAGAACCAGGGUCUGAAGAACCAGGAUCUGAGGAACCAGGGUCUGAGGAACCAGGGUCUGAGGAACCAGGGUCUGAGGAACCAGGGUCUGAGGAAGCAGGGCUUAAGGAACCAGGGCCUGAGGAACCAGGGUCUGAGGAACCAGGGUCUGAAGAACCAGGGUCCGAGGAACCAGGGUCUGAGGAACCAGGGUCUGAGGAAGCAGGGCUUAAGGAACCCGAUUCUGAGGAGCCCGCGUCUGAGGAGGCUAGGUCUGGUGAGCCCGAGUCCGAAGGAUCUCUGAAAAAACCUCGGCGCCCGUCCGCAAUGCAGCCAAGCCGGCUCGGGUCUGAACCGACCUUACUGGCGGAGGACGGUCACCAGGACUUGAGAAUCGUGGCUCCCGUUCUAUUCGGGUCGGAGCAGGGCGGGUUGGUGCAGAGAGGGACGCGCGAGUCGUUCCAGAGAGGGACGACCUACGACGAGGGCGUGGGGCUGCAAGACGGAACGAGGGUUCCGACCGAGGAAGAGACUCCGACUUCGCCCAAGGUUGCGGGUGAGGUUGCGGCUGCGGUUGGGUCUAGCGGAAGCCGUGCCUUGUCCGAGGGUUCCAGUGCCUUCGAGUCGGUCCCGGAGUCUUGGCAAGAAAGCGACGAGCUGGUGGACGUAUUACCCGACAGCGAGGAUCGGGAGAGCGGCGGGGACCGGGAGAGCGGCGGGGAUCGGGAGAGCGGGGGGGAUCGGGAGAGCGGCGAGGAUCGGGAGAGCGGCGAGGAUCGGGAGAGCGGCAAGGACGAGGAGAGCGGCGAGGACCGAGAGAGCGGCGAGGACCGAGAGAGCGGCGAAGAUCGGGGCCGGGAGAGCGAGAGCCCGAAAAGCGAAUACCGCCCUCUGGAGGACAUGACGCAGGUCUCUUUGCUGGUGAGCGAGUCGACCGUGCCGGAGCACGGCGAGGAGGAAGUGGUGAUCGGCGUGACGCACACGGUCAGCGCCUUUUCGCAAUCCGAUAGUUCCGCCUGGAGCGGCCUACCGGCCCGCCAUCUGCCGCCUCGGCCGGACUUGAAUGCGUUUUCGCCCCUGACAACGUCGUCGCCGCACGACCAGCGGGACUGGCGCGUGCCUCCGAGCAGCGACAGUGCCGGGGCUGCGAGUACGGGGACCAUGAGUGGCAGAAUAGACCGUGCCACAGUGGACAGUGUCACAGUGGACAGUGUCACAGUGGACAGUGCUACAGCCCGGCCGGUGGAUACGCCAGUGGUGGACACGCGAGAGGAGGACACGCGAGAGGAGGACACGCGAGAGGAGGACAAGGCCGUGAUUGAACGCAGAAUUGCCAUGCAUUUGGCGCGACGGACGCUGUCGAGACACCUGAGUGACCGGUUAGUGAUUCCGGUGUCAGUGAGCGAACGGGACCGAAUUUCGGUGGCCGCUCGGGAGGAGGCGAGUCGGCACUUGGACCUGUUCCUCUGUCGGCUCCCCUCUGCCGUGGCGUUGUCGCCGGAGGCCAUUGGGGAGAAGGAAAUGGUUCGGAGUAUGAUCGCGGUGCACCUGAUGAAGCGGUUGGACCAACUGAGUGCGGCGGAGCUCGCCGACAACGCCGAAGACCCGGUGACCAGCGCGCGCCGCGCCAACACCAGUCGGUUCCAAAAGGCUCUGAGCGACCUGCUCGCCUACCGUUUGCUAGUGCGAGCGCCGCAACCCCAGUUCAAGCUAGAGGCGGAAGACCGUGCGGCAAUCGCUCGCAAAAUAGACACCAUGCUCAAAACCAGGCAGAUCGGACUCAGCGUCAAAACCGCGCGGAAACGCAGUAACCAGGCCGUGGGCUCCGGCGCAGACCCACAGGAGAGACAAGAGGUGGUCAAGACACUAACGCAAAUGCUGGCAAACAGACUUUAUGUUAUACACCCAGGAGAUUCCGUCGCGGGAGACUCCGUCGCAGGAGACUCCGUCGCAGGAGACUCCGUGCUCGGAUACUCCAUGACCGGAUACUCCAUGACCGGAUACUCCAUGACCGGAUACUCUAUGACCGGACCACACUCGCUGGCCAAGCGACCAGACCAUCUGUUCGAGCAGGAUGGCGACUACGUACCUUCAAUCACCUCACAGGCGCGCGACGACCAGGACAAGGGUUUAGUCCGUAACGAGGAUAAAGGCCAACCUGGUAGCGAAGACCCAUCUUGCAUUGAGCCUGAAUUUUCUCAGUCGAUAUUCUCUUCACAAUCCGGGUCAGCUCAGUCAAGCUCCGCUCGGUCAGGGUCCUUUCGGCAAUCACCAAGAGUCUCCCAUCGGGAGACGGACGACGAAGCUCCCAUACCCUCGUUACGGUCUGAAGGGUCCUUCAGUGUCGUCCCCUCACAGGGCGACGACUUAGCCAAAAUCAUUGCCACCGGCUCCGGCACCGACAGUUCCCACACCCGGGCCGAGGGAGGUCCCCGACAGUUUGGGUCGACUUCUGGCCAGCCUCCCAGCGAAGAGUCACAGCCUAACGAGACCCGUCCAGCAUACACGGAACCUCGCUCGGAACAAAGCGAGCGGGAGGAAGAGAGUGACCAAGAGACUUCAAGCGGAGGGGUAUCGGAACAAAGAGAACAGGGUGAACUACCGCAGGAAGAACGAGGGCAGAACGAAGGAGAGGGGCAGAACGAGAAACGAGAGCACGCAGGUGACGAUGCAACAAGCUGCGAGGAGGUAAGUUACGAGAAGGUAAGUUACGAGAAGGUAAGUUGCGAGAAGCUAACUUGCGACAAGGUAAGUGGUGAGAAGGUGAGUGGCAGUGAGAGGGAUGUCCGCAAGGCGGAUGGUGAUCAAGUAAGUAGUGAGCAGGUAAGUGACUACGGAGCUUGGGAAGAAGAGAUGGGAGAAGGAACGAGCGACAAGGAGGCAUGGUCCGAAAGCAAGGGCAAGAGCCGCGAAGGCUUGAGCCAUACGAGCGAAGGCGAUCUAUCAAGCGGUUUGUCGGCCGCCGGAAACAGGGCAGAAGGCAGCGAUGAAGCGACACACGAGCCAUCCAUCACAAACGACCUUCGCGUCUCGCCAAGAGUUUCCUCUGAGGAGACGCCGUUUGUGGAAGAGCGGCAGUGGGUUGAAGAGAGUCAGUCGGGCGAUGAAAGUCCGUCCUGCGUGAUCAUGGAGACAGAUUCGUCUGGUGGGGAGGCGUCUGAGGAUGCCGCCAUCGCGAGUCACCCAAUGGCUGACACCUGGGAGUUUCCAGGAGUUCCGCCACUUGAUCCGCACAUGGUUGUUCAGCCCGGCUUGCGGGACGCCAGCCACGCCUCGGAGGACUGCUCUCUCAGUCCGCUUUUGAGAGGCCGCGAAAACGAGCUGCGUGGACUCAAGCCUCCUUUGGGUGACGAAAACAGUCCUGGCUCUAUCCAUCCCGACUCCAGCCGUCGCGGCUCCGGCCAUCACGGCUGGGGGGGCCGGGUUGCUGCCCCGCCCCCUUCCCUCCAGACGGACGUGAGCUCGGACUUGAUAGACCUCGACUCCUCGGUGCCUCCGACCCGGGCGUCCGAACCGGGAUCGGAGGAGGAGGCUUCUCCGAAAGGGCGGUUCUCCGCAUCCACCGACCUACUUGACAUGUCCAGUGCUGCGGACGACCUGGGCAAAGUUUAUGACCUGGGCGGAGUCAUCCAGGACGUGGACGGAGUCGUCCAGGACGUGGACGGAGUCAUCCAGGACGUGGGCGGAGUCAUCCAGGACGUGGGCAGCGUACCAGCAUCUAGAAACAACAUCCAGUCCUCACCUCUCUUGGUCGCUUCAGGCUCGCUUGCAGAAGUCGUCACGGACGGCGUCGUCCUGGCUCCCCGGCCGGAGCCAACCAUUUACGGUGGAGACUCCGGACUCGAAGACUCAGCCAGCCAUCCGUCAGAAGGGGUUUCCUCCACCUCGCCGCUGCAGCAGCCAGAUGUGCCGCUGCCGACAGCUCCUUUGGUCACUGAGCAGUCCCCGGCACUCAGCAACGGCCAGAUUGUCUUGCGCGAUGGAGUCGACUCUCAAGACGAAGACCCGUUCCAAGAGGGAAACGACUUUCAGGGUUGCGAGGUCGUCGGCGCGGAAGAAGGUGGAAGUGGGCCGGUUACGCAAAGUGGUGUUUCGGGGGAGACCCGAGAGUACCAGUUACGAGACGACGAGGAACUGUCGCCUACCGGGGAGGAGAGUAGCUCGUGGUCGGAGCAACCGCGAGGUACGCCGCAGUUUUAUGCCAUUUACUCGAACGUGGGUCGUCUAUCGGACUGGUCGUCUUCAAUGGAUCGGAGCAAUCGCGAGUCUGCGACGAACAGAGGUGCUGGGCGGAGUCCGGUUUCGAACGCGCGACCUGGCGCUAACGACAUUGGACGACCGGUGCUCCACUUCGACCUGCCGAGUUGCCAUGACGGGUCGACUGUAGGCUCCAGCGAUCGAGAUCUAGGCCGCCGCAGCCAGCUGGACUCCCGCAGCCAACUCAGCUCACUCCCAAUCCUGCAUUCAACCGGGAACAGUUCUCAGGACUCCAUGACUUCGAACGAAUCUAGCGGUCUGGAACCGCACGUGCUGCCAAGUCCCCAUGAUGACGCAAAUUCCCACGAUGACGCAAAUUCCCAUGAUGACGCAAAUCCCCAUGAUGACGCAAGUCCCUCAACCGAUUCCGAUGGUUUGGGAUCUCCGUCCGAUUCCUCCGGAACGAUGUCAGAGCCACCGUCCGGGUCGAUCCACCAGACAAUAUCUGAGACCGAGGAGUCGACAAUUUACUCGGCAAACGACGUGUCACAACCUCCGACCGGGCAAUCAUCGUCUACAGACCAUGUCAUGGGACGCCCGACGGGACGCCCAAGAGCUGCAGACUACCCCCUCGCGUCAACACAGUCGUCCCAUUGUGGAACCCCCACAGUUUCCGAAACUCCCACAGUUUCCGAAACUCCCAGAGUUUCCGAAACUCCCAGAGUUUCCGAAACUCCCACAGUUUCCGAAACUCCCACAGUUUCCGAAACUCCCACAGUUUCCGAAACUCCCACAGUUUCCGAAACUCCCACAGUUUCCGAAACUCCGCACCAAUCACAGGUCCAUCCUGUCGACGAUCUGACGGUAGGUGUGCAGCCUGAAAGAGUGUUUGAGGUCUCCAAUUCGGGUGUGUCGGAAUUCCUGCAGACGGAUGAGUCUGAGUUCGAUUUGCGACUGCCUUACCAAAGUGAGGAAACAGAAACGGAUGGUACGCUCUCCAAAUUGGAUGUCUCAGAUCACUGUUCUGUGAGUUGCUAUCCCGGCACUGAGGCUCGGGUGUUGGAUGAGGCAAUUGACCCCAACAGUUCCUGUCUCCAGUCGGACAUUGGGUCGUCGAGUCUUCAGUUCGAACUUGGUGGUGGCCGUCUCGACUCAGUCGUGGAACGCACGGCCAUGUCUGUGUCCCAGAUCGAGAGUGUUUCGGAACCCGACGACCGGACAGAUGAGGAUAGCACAUCAGAGCCGACCGGUCUACGGGAACCGAAAGAACCCUGGCGACAUGACACGCUUCAUGACGGGUGCAGUGAUCAUACGGAACGACCUACCCCACACGACCGUGACGGCCAACCCUUCAGUCAACUCGGGCAGUUCAAACACCGUCCCACAAUCCGGGAUACUAAUGCAACGAAAAACGGCUCCCAGAACGAAGGUCUUCCCUUAAUGGAAGGUCGUCCCUUAAUGGAAGGUCUUCCCACAAUGGAAGGUCGUCCCUUAAUAGAAGGUCGUCCCCCAUCCGACUCUCGUCCAAAUAUGUUGGGGCACAUGGCCGGAGUUACUACACCGUCCCUGGUCCGAGGCGGGACGGCGGCAGCCAGAGCCGUCCGAGGCUCCAUGAGUGACAUUUACGCCGGGACGGGCUUCUACUUCCGGGAACAAGAGCUGGUCCCGCGCCCUCAUUCGGACGAGCGCGCACUUAGUGCCAUCCGGAGCGCGUGCCAGAGCUCUAUGGACAGCUACCUCUCCGAGCCGUCCACAUCCUACGGCCACGUCGUCGAGGCCGUCGACUCCUCAGAUAGUAACCUGGUUUCCGAAGAUCUGAGCGGUCUGGGAGAGGAAAGCCUUGCUUCCCGUUCCUCGGCUAGCGUGAUCGCCAGAGAGACGACCACCUUGACGAAAACAACCCUCGGAGGGGCGAUCGCUACAGGCGGACUUGGUGAGAGCCGGGGAGUGCAGUUCUCUGACUCUUGGCACGAUGCCGACUUUGACAGGCCGCGUUCCGCCCGAGCUCCCACCUCGGGAGUCUCUGUACCGGAUCUGGAAACUCGGAGUCCAAACUCCACGCACAGGCCAGCGACCCACAGGCCGGCGACCCACAGGCCGGCGACCCACAGGCCAGCGACCCACAGGCCGGCGACCCACAGACCGGACGAAUGUGUACCGGCUCUCGCUCGCUUAGACCCGGGUCGUAUGAGCAUGACGGUGCGGGCUGAUUCGCGGUCGGACGAGACGGGAACAGUGGAGGACGCGGGUACUGAGAAUGAGCUGUCGCAAACUAGUCGCACUAACUUUAGUGGCUCGCAUGGCGAGUCCACUUACUUGCCGGGUCCGACCACCGACGGCGAGAGUUGCAUUCUGCCCACGAGUGCCUCCCUCGUAAGUCAAACACACUCGACUUCCCAGGGACCCUCUGCCUUCUACGGAACAGAAGCGGACCCCCACGAUCUGAGACCCCAGCGCUCUCAUACCGCCAUGGCACCCCUGGACGUAUCCCCAUUGGGCAGCACGCCUGUUGGGACACCCCUGCGCAGCGCGCCCUUGGGUAACCCGGCCUUGGACAGCGGAACGUCCAGUCUUUCUGACUUAGCCCUGGGAGGCCGAAGUCACGUCCACUACAAAGUCGACUGCAAUUCCGAACUGCCAGACAAUCCCAUGGGCCUACCCAGUCCGAGAAACUGGGACGAAAAGUGCGCACUCGCUAACAUGCCUCAAGGAAAGUUACCGGGACGGGACUUGCCUUUGUGUGGCUUUCCUCCAUGCGACGUCGCUGGACAUGGCCUGCCUGUACGAGACCUGCAUGAAGCCAACCCUUUGGAAGGUGGGAAAAUCGGGCUAGGGAUCGAACGCUCGAUGGACGGAAAGGAGGUGGACAAUUACCAUGGGGACAACUACUAUGUGGACAAUGACCAUGUGGACAGUUACCGUGCGGAGUUUCCCUUGACCCGUCGGCAGUCUGCAGGGCGGUCAAUGUCCCUGAGUCGCCGGCAGUCUGUGAGCAGUCGCAGUCGCAGUCGGUCGAUUGCGUCCUUGGGACCGAGUUCGCUGGAGUCAGACAUGACGCACUCGGAACACGCCGACUCCUCGGUGGCCAUGGGAUCGCAGACCACGGACCGUACGCUCUCGCUCGAGGCGGUCGGGAAAGUGGUCGAUGUGGGCGACGCCAAUGCUGACACAGUGGCAGGUGUAGCCGGUCUGUCCCCGAUGAAUGCGUUGGGACAGGGGGUGGAACAGAACAGCCAGUUGACGAGCUUUAAGGCCGGGAUUACGAAGAUGCUAACCCGCAGUCACUCUACCGUCGGGAGUCAAUUGCCGGGAACGACCAACGAUUAUAGUCGGUCCCAAAGCGCCGACCAUAACGAAAUCGGUGGUUCGCGUUGGGACGUUGAGGAACGAGAAAGUAGCCACCUGACUGAGAGUCAGUUGGAUAGCUGUCUGGAUGAUGAUGAGGACGACGAUCGGACACUCGAUGGAACCUUUGAAAGCGGUUCCGCUCUCUGCCCAUCAGUGCAUCUCGCUAAUCGACUUGGCUUGAUUUCCCAACCCACGUUCCCGGGUCUCAGCCUCAACCCCGGUCUCAGCCUCAAUCCCUGCUUCGACCCCUGCCUCGAUCCCGCUCGGGAACAGGUUUCCCGAGCUCAGGUUCAACUUGAUAGUGGAGACCGGGUCGGAGUCCUUGCAGACGACCACCUAACCGACCAUCUAAGGGACCACCUAGAAUUAGAUCCUGACUACCACCCAACGCUAGACCCUGAUGACCAGCUGACACCAGCUCCUGGCGACCAGUCCCCACUAGCUGCAGGGUACAGAUUAGAGGAACUGCGAUUCGAGAAGACCGAGAAAAGGGUUAAUGAUGAAUGUUACAUAGCCACUACAGAUGGUACUUUGGACAUCGAGGAAUUCCUGGCCUCCAACAAGCUGGACCUGACUGAGGCAAACUGUAGCGAGGAAUCAUCUGAAGUCACUAACGGUGACAGCGAGUUUGGGUCACAGCUGCAAUCCGGGCUUGAUGACCGCGAGGCGGAUGACCACGAAGGGGCAGACCACCACGAAGUGGAUGACCACCACGAAGUGGAUGACCACCACGAAGUGGAUGACCACCACGAAGUGGAUGACCACCACGAGGUGGAUGACCACCACGAGGUGGAUGACCACCACGAGGUGGAUGACCACCACGAGGUGGAUGACCGCAAGGAUGAUGACCAUGAAAUGGAUGACGGUGAGUUGUGCGAUGAGCAGACUAUGUGUCAACGGGGGAGGAAAGGGGUUCAAGUGCCUGCGUUGGACGUGACUAAUCUUGAUGCGCAUCGGUUCGACGAUCAAAGUUACGGGGAUCAUUCACAUUGCUUGGAUAGUUACAUGGAAGACAGUCUGCGGAAUUAUGUACCAGCGUAUGGUUGUCUGUCGCCGGCUACCAGCGUGAUGAAUUCCCCACAGCUUACAUGUGAGUCUUUGACUUACUCACAGGCGCACCCUGAAUCGUCAGAUUGCCGACCCCGAAGCAGACUCUUCACAGAUGGGACUCUGGACCUGUCUGUGGCCUUCAGUCCAACGAGCAGUGCCCGAGGAAUCACCCCCCGAUCACUAACACCACGUGUAGAGAGUCCCGAGCCCCGAGCAGCGGCUGAGCACCGUAGUAGCGAUCAUCGUACUAACGACCGGAGCGAUGUUCAUCCUAGUGGUGGCGAUCACGAGAUUGAACACCCGGGGAUUGACCACCCGGGGAUUGACCACCCGGGGAUUGACCACCCGGGGAUUGAGAGGGGUUACUCGCCUGAGUACGUUCGGGCGAAUUACCCAGUGGAGCUACGAGGACCAUCGGAAAGCUACGAGGACUCUGACUUGGGUCAUAGCUUUGCCAGUGUAGGAGUGAAACCGAGGCAAUCAGGGGAUCAACUGACGGACUUUAUAUUCGAAGCUUCAAACACACAGGCUGUAAUGACGUACGUAGACACUGUCCAUACGUUAUUGAGCGAGACGCACAGCAUUCCGGAAACGCGGAGUGCCAUGCUCGGUACGGCAGAGGGCAGUCUCGGUGAUCUACCCCAAUUGACUUACUCCAAAAGCGCCAACAAAAGCGUCGGCUUCCACUGCGAUUUUAGCCGUAGCUACACCUACGACGGACGCGCCCACCUGGACGUACCAAUCCCUGAGAGAGAACAGAGGGAGGUGAACGGGGUUAGGGAACCCUCAUACAAUAAGGAACCGGCAUCCGAUAAAGAAUCCGGGUCCGAUAAAGAAUCCGGGUCCGAUAAAGAAUCCGGGUCCGAUAAAGAAUCCGGGUCCGAUAAGGACACGCCCGGGUCCGAUAAGGACACGCCCGCGUCCGAUAAGGACACGCCCGCGUCCGAUAAGGACACGCCCGCGUCCGAUAAGGACACGCCCGCGUCCGAUAAGGACACGCCCGCGUCCGAUAAGGACACGCCCGCGUCCGAUAAGGACACGCCCAACACAUCUUCUCUGCGAGGCUUGCGGCCCCGACAUAAGAGCCAUGACAAAAUACGCUUCGCCGACGCUGUCAUUUCUGACUCUCCCGAGCAGCCGGAUGCAACUCAGCCAGAUUCAGUCCAGCCGGAUGCAAUUUUGCCAGAUUCAGUCCAGCCGGAUGCAAUUCUGCCAGAUUCUGUCCAGCCCGAUGCAACCCAGUCGGAACCCACGAUGGCCGAGGCUCUGUCUGCGACCGAGACCGAGCACGAUGUGCCGGCAGAACAAUCUCAGAAUCUCGACGAGCCGGCCGCUGAGAAGCCGGUCGCACAGAAGGAUGAGCCAGCUGGAGAAAAGAAACCCUCGUCUGAGCAGAAAGACGGCAAGAAGAACGAGUCGUCCGGCGGAGGCUACCGCCGGUUAUUCGGCAACAUGCUGAAAGGACUUGUACCUACUCAACGACCCAGCCAUGGGGAGAAGAGUGGCUCGGAAAGAAGUGGUUCGGAUAAGCAGGAACUGUCAAAAGAAGAGGACCCCACUAAAUCCAGCCAGCGAGAGGGUUCCUCUGACGGGAAGGGCAAACUAGAGUCCGGGGGUUCUGAAAGGCGUCCCGCGGAGAAAGCCGGCGGCUUAGAACUGGACGGUUCCGAACUGGACGGUUCAGAACCGACCCGUUCAGAAUCGGAUCGUUCGGAACCAGUCCGUUCAGAAUCGGGGGGCUCAGAUUCCAUGGAUCAGAGCGUUCCCGCAGCCUGCAGUGGAGCUGACCCGCGGGGUGCGACCCCGAAUGUUUUGUACCCGGUUGAGCCCCUUGCAGCCCUGGGCCGGCAGGUCUCUCCAAUGACGAGGUCUGCGACUGCGUCCCUCCUUGACGAGGACCCGGUUGAUGAGUACAUGGUGGGCGAGCAGGCGCUGGAACAGUCCGGGGCAUCCACUCUAUCUCCGGAGUCCUUUUCUGCAGCAACGGAACCAAGCUCAGGGCCAGGUGCGGGUCGAACCGGCGACGUGGAUCCAGCCGAGGGCCAAGCGACCAAGUCGGCGGAGAGCUCGGAGGGCAGGCAGUUGUCGGCAGUGGCUCAAGGAGAGCCUGAAGAGCGCUUCAUCUUAACUUCGCACGUAUCCCGUGACUCGACGGGGUCUGCCAGGAUGGCGGGAGAUGCCCCAGGAGUGGACGUUAGCGAGCGAUCCUUCCUCGUGGCAACGCGUUAUGGGUCGGGUUCGAUGCCGUUGGGCGGUCCGAUGCCUUUGGGCGGUUCGAUGCCUUUGGGCGGUUCGAUGCCUUUGGGCGGUUCGAUGCCCUUGGGCGGUACGUCUCCUUUGACGGGCGCGUCAUUCAUGUCAGAUCGUUUGUCACUUCGGUCGUUGAGUUCGGGUGAACCAAGGUUGUUGUCGUUACGCUCUGCUGAAGGUAACAUGUUACUGGAUCGUGCGGAUAAUGUGUUUGUGAUGGAGCGAACUCUGUCACGCACUUGGUCUUUGUCUCAGAGGCAUUCGUUAUCCGAACGGCAUUCGUUACCGCCGCCGCCGAUUCAUGAAGAUGCAUCGCAGUGUGAGACGCCGGAUUGUUGCACGCCCCUGGCUGUGCAGCGAUGUCAUUCGCUUGCUCUCCGACAGCGGACAGAGGAAACGACAGAUGGACGUCAGCCUAGACUCUUGGGCCCGCGGACGGUGGAACACUUGGUCAACCACACACAAGAUGUGUGGCCAGAUGACAGGGCAACCAUGGAGUUGGGUAUAUCUCUGAGUGCCCAUAAGCACCGACGAUACGCGUCGCACACUGGUCUUGUUCGAAACUCAGGUCUGGCAUCAGGGAUCCGUAUGGGGUCGUCAUCCGCCGUAACGCCGCUGUCAUCUUUCAAUCCUGCAACCACUGGUAGCGCCCGGCUGUACUCCAACUCCAGAGUCCGACAGGGUUCCCGAUCAUUACACGCUAUUGCUGAAUCACAUAACGAACCACCUCUCUUCGUCAGUUUAGACGGACCCUACAAGGAACCAGAUUCCGGUGGGCUUGCACACCGCAUGCCUACUAGUUGUUACCCCAACAUUGCUAGGUCCGGUGGUAGCAAUUCUGAAACGGAAUGCCACCUCGUUCACCACGGUUCAGGCUGCAGCGACUCUGCUUCUCUUGACGGCCCCGAAAAUUCCGCCACCGGGAACUGCGUCUCCGAUAACGAAGAAACUCCUAACAGUCCCAGAUGCAUCCCCGACCCCGCGUCAGAAAGAGGUACCUCUCCCUGCGGCCUCACUUCCGUCGUGCUAACUAGCCUGCCCGUCGUGCUAACUAGCCUGCCCGUUGUGCACUCCGAAGAUCUGGGUCUGGACGCAUCCAGAACUAGCUCAAACCGCCAGUCCGACGAAGAGUCUCUACUUCGGCCAGAAACCUCCUCCGACGAACUUGCGGUGCCGGAACCGGUACUGAGUGAACCAAGCGAACACACUUCUACCGUAUCUGGACUUGGCUUGGAUUCUGUUCAACUUGAUGGGUCACAACAAGCUCUGCCAGGUGGCUUUAUCUCGGGCGAUAAUGUAGUGGAUGAAAACGUUGUUCUGCUGGCGGGUACAAGGGUUCUCCCCGCCCACCCCUUGGCUCAAAAGACUCCAGACUACUCGCAAGCUCCUGAAUCGACUCUUCCCUCCGCCUUUAUUCUGACAAAGACCUUGAACUCUCAGGCCCAGACCUUUGCCGACUCUUCCGAUGAUGACCUGGCACAAUUCGAGAAGUCUAGAAGAGCUUUAUUGCAGGGUAUCCACAGUCGACGAAGCAUUGAUGUAGAGGUACUGGGAGAUGAUGCCAUGAUUCCCGACGACCCGAAGAAGUCAAGGAUUGAGUUGUUGCAGGAUACCCGCAGCCGGCGUACGAUUGGCUCUGAUAUUGAGACACCGGAAGACAAUACCGUAGUGAGUUCCUCGAUUCCCGACGACUUGGAGAGAUCAAGGACUAAGCUGUUCCAAGAUAUCCAUAGGCGACGGACAAUUGGCUCUAGUAUUAAGGCGUCGGGAGCUGACACAGUCUUGGACGCGUCGAUUCCCGACGACUUGAAGAAGUCAAGGACUGAGUUGUUGCAGGAUACCCGCAGCCGGCGUACGAUCGGCUCUGAUAUUAAAGCCUUGGGAGAUGACACGAUAUCGGCUCCGUCGAUUCCUGAUGACUUUAAGAA